AUGCUGGCCGGGGAGCUGGCCGCUGGUGACGACAACUACGACACCCGCUCCGAGGUCAGCAGCUCGUCCAAGUCGCUGCACUCGGAGCUGAGCGUCGACGUGGACGAGGGCUCGGAGCCGAGCCUCCCGCCAGCGGCGGCGGCGGCGGCAGCGGCGGCCGCGAGAGCUACCUCACCAAGCUCAACUACUUGUUCCGCGACGCAGCGCUUCUUCAUCAUCAAGUCCAACAACGAGGAGAAUGUGGCGCUGUCUAAGGUGCGCGGCGUGUGGUCGACGCCGCCGCAGAACGAGGCCAAGCUGAACCAGGCGUUCCGCGAGUCGCGCAACGUUCUGCUCGUGUUUUCAGUGAAAGAGCCGGUUCUCUGCGGGUUCUGCCGCGUGUCGAGCGAGUCUCGCCGCGACCUCUCGCCCGUCAGCUGGGUGCUACCCCGCCCGGGCGCCGGCGCGCGCGCGCCCGGCGUCUUCCGCGUUGCUUGGAUCAACAAGAACGACCUGCCGUGUUUCCCAAGACGGCGCAUCUGACAACCCGUGAACAACGGCAAGCCGGUUAAAAUCGGCCGUGACGGCCAGGAGGUGGAGCCGCGUGUGGCCGAGGAGCUCUGUCGGCGCGCCGAGCGCCGCAUGUCCAGUAUACGACCGCUCGUGGAGGAGUUCCUGCGCCAGACGUCGGCGCACCGCGAGCGCAGCACCGCGACGAGCGCCGCCACCGCGCAGACCCCUGCGCUGAGCGGAUCUGCUGCCCACGCCUGA